UCUCAAUUUCUUUACUUAGGUGUCUGUUCUAGCUGGCUGUCUGGGACCCUGUGAACAACAAUGGCGACCUUUUUUCAGAGUGUGUAAGUGUGCUGCGCGGCUCUCUUUUAGAUCGGAUUUGUUCCUGUACACCCCCUUCACACCGUCCCCUGAAUUCCCAAUAUGGCAGCAGAAUGAUCAGACUCGGCGCUGCAGAUGCAGAAAGAAAACUUUCCUGCAUCUGAGCCUGCAUGAUUUCUUUCCCUUAUGUUUUUUUUUUCUUUGCGCUUCUUGUACUACCCCUUUUAAGGACUCCUCACUCGACCUCUUUCUCCCCGCUCAUACAGUCUCGGAGUUGUGAAUUGACUUGCUAACUCGAAUAUUCCUAGACGCCAAGGAUUUGGCAGAGGUGGUAAUAACAAGAAUAACAAUAACAACGCCCAGAAGAUGAACAACGGAAAUUCUGCUCAGUCGCCGGCCUCUCAAUCUGUUCAAGUGGCUCCUGGACCCAACUCCCCAUCGUUUCCGCCGAGCGUGGACAGCCCCGCAGCUUACGACCCUGACGGCCCCAAGUACUUUUUCCAGGAGAAGUAUGCCCCUUUGAAUGUAAAGGGUAACUUCCUGACCCUGUGUGCUUGUCCGAAGAACGUGGAGCUUGGAGAAUGGCUGGCUCAUCAAAUUGUUGAACAAUACCGCUUGCUCCACGGCAUGCUUCAGGUGAUUCAGGAGGUCAAUGGUGUCACUGGUUUGCCUAUCUGCAAUGAAAGCACCUGUCCAACUAUGUCUGCGGGUCGCUUGACCUAUACUUGGCUUGUAGACGGUCGUGCCGCCAAGAUCUCCGCUCCCAAGUUCAUCAACCGCGUUGAAAAGUGGAUUGUCAGCAAGAUCCAUGACCCGGUCAUGUUCCCUACCGAGAAGGUCACCGGCACCCCAGACACCUUUGCGCUGCAUGAAGCUACAAAUGCCAAUCCCGGUAGCGCCGACGCGAAUUCUACCGGCGAAGAGUGGAUUGGCAAGUCCAGCGGCUUUCCUCAGACUUUCUACAAGGACUGUCAAGGCAUCAUGAAACAGAUGUUCCGUUGCUAUGCUCAUCUGUACCACGCACAUUGGUUGAAUCCAUUUUGGCACAUCAACAAACAUGACAUCUUGAACAUGUGCUUCGUCCAUUUCGUGACCGUGGCCAAAUACUUCAAGCUGGUUUCCGACAAGGAGAUGGAGCCUAUGCAGCCCCUGAUUGACUUGUUCAUCAAACAGCAGCGUAUCCCCCAGGAGGCGCUUGCGGGAGGUCACUGGGGACAGCCAAGCUCUAGCUGAGCUAGAGGAUGCCUUUUCUGACUUUGAGCGACCAUUGAGCGGUUGUCCUGACCUGUGUUGGAACUGGUAUUUCAUCAUACGGUCACGCAUGAAGAUCUUGGAUGAUUCGCGUUUCCUAUUCCGGGUAUUCUUGCUAGCAGGUGCUAUGACCGUGACUUUUCUUUGAGCAUUUUUCCCGUCCGUGUAGACUCCUUCGAAGUCUGUUUUUGUCUGUCUGGAUUCCUGGAACAUCUGCUGUCAUCAAUGCCUGUACGGCUGGAAUACCACAUCAUUUCGCAUCUCACACCUCUCCUCUGCAUACCACCGUCGCAAUACUUUACUGCUGGGUAGCAUUGUCUUGUGAUAUUUGCUUCUGGGAAUUAUUGUGAUGUGCAUACAUUUUAACAUUAAGCUGAGAGAAUCAGGAGAGACAAUGAAUCGAUCAACA